AUGGAGACUUCCGGCCUGCGCUCCUGCCAGGACUCCCAGGCGGCAGGCCUGGAUUUUGACCCUGCCAGACAAGAUUAUUUCUGUGCCAGUCGAGAAACAGAGUCUCUCUAUCAAGAGUUGGACCUGGGCUGUCUAAGUGAAGACCUUCUUGUGCAGACCACGCCAGACGCCGCCAUGGCGGAGACCCCUCCUCCGGGUCCCUGCGAAGCGCACGGCAUCGAGUCCGAGUCCCUGAUGGGAGCCGAGCACGUGGAGCUCAGAGUGGAGCUGGCCCGGUUGGAGGCGGAGAUCGUGUUGCUCCGCCAAGAGCUGGCCGCCAAAGAGGGGCGCUGUGGGGAGCUCAGGAGCAGGUUGGCGCCCCUGCCCUCGGUGGGGUUCAGACGGAACCCGUCCAAGAGCUGGCGUGAGGUUCGGGGCUCCAACGCUUCCGUGAGACAGAAAACGUCGGCCGCCCUGUCCACCGUGGGCUCUGCCAUCUGCAGGAAGCUCAGGGCCUUCGAAGGGCUGAUGGGGAGCAUCAAGUCUAGAGUCGCAGGUGGCAGAGCGCUGGGCAGUGACAGCCUGCCUGCUUCGCCCAGGAGUGGGGAUGACCCCCUCCCGGUCCGGGGAAGUCAGGAUGAUCAACUUCCCAUUCUGGAGCCAGAAUGA